AUCGCCGCACGCCAACUCGACCCGGCGCAACCAUGUCUGGAAAACGCCAAAACACUUUCGGGCAGGGACGGCCAGAGCGGCCCUACGAAGAGCGUGAUUCUGGCCCUGAAGACGUGCCAACGCGGGCUACGGCUGCACAACUGGCAACGCGCAAGAUCAAGAGUGUGAAAGCGCGCCGCCCAGCAGGAACCUCGCCCAAUCUGUCACAGAGCGCCAACUUCGGUGCGCCGCAGCCGUCGGGCUUCAACUUUGGAGCCUCUGCACCGGCACCUGCAUCCAACAACAACGCCAACGCCGGCGCCAAUAAUGCAGGCGCGUUCAACUUUGGCGCGAGCAACGCAUUUGGCGGCGCCGCGACGAACAGCUUCCCGCCCGCGCAGCCAGCCGCGCCCACCAACUCGUUCGCCAACUCGUCCUUCCCAGCAUUCGGCGGCAGCGGUCAAGGCACAGGCUUAGGCUUCGACCCCACGCCAUCGUCCGCAGCAGGCGGCUUCAGCUUCACCGCGGGCCCGAGUGCAGGCGCGAGCAACCCCUUCGCGGCGAGCGCUGCACCCAUGAUGAACGGCAGCGGGGCUGUACCAGCCUUUGGUGGCGGCAUGUUCAGCCAGUCGCAGCCGGCGGGCAAUCCAUUUGGGGGACUGUCGCAGAACAACACGACAAGCUCGGGAUCAUCAGGCGGCAUGUUUGGAACCGCAGGCGGCGCGUCUCAGCCCAGCAUGUUUGGGGGGAUCACGUCUUCCGCGCCGGCUAUCACGAGCACGCCAGCUCCAGCAUCCCAGCCGUUCACCUUUGGCGCCGCAAGCUCGUCCGCGCAGAACACGGCGAGCACCCCCGCAACCAGCAGCAUGUUCGGGUUCGGCGCCUCGACACAGACCUCGGCAGCGCCUGUACAGAACUCACUGUUCAGUGGGUUUGGGGCGGACGUGCAGAAGAGCGAGGGUGCAACAGCUACACCGCAGAAGAUGACGUUUGGAGGCUUCGGUGCGAGUACACAACCAGCAGAGACCGCCACGCCAGCCGCACCCUCGGCGGGUCUGUUCACCUUCGGCACCCCUGCGCAAAAGAGCGAGAGCGCAACGACUGCCGCGCCACCGCCUACCUUCUUUGGCUCCAUCAGCUCGGCUGCUCAGACCGCGAGCACUCCCGCCCCUGCGGCUGCUGCCAACCCAUUCGCGAACCUACAGCCGGCGGCGACCCCUGCCUCCACACCCUUCCAGUUCGGCUCAACACAACAGACUCCCCAGGCGUCCGCCACCCCGAACGGCUUGUUCAGCAGCAUCAAGCCUGCAGAUCAAAAUAGCAUCGCAACCCCAGAAGCACCCAAGCCCAAUCUGUUCGCGUCGUUGGGGGCACCAAUCAGCAACCCAGCUGCGACGCCACUGGCAAGCAGCUCCGGCUUCAACUUCUUUGCGGCGUCUCAGAACCAGGACAAGCCAUCCGAAACUGCGGAGAAGGCGCCUGAUGCGACUUUCAAAGCGUUCGAAGCACCAAAGGCGAACAUUUUCGGUGGCUUCAGCACACCGCAGCCCAAAAAGGCGGCGGAUAGCGAGAAGCCCCAAGCAGGUCUCUUCACCGCGCAGCCCAAAGCCAGCACUGGCAUGUUCUCUCAGCCAUUUCAACCCGAGAGCCACAACUCGGCCAACUUGUUCAACACGCAGCCAUCGUCUUCGCUUUUCAUGCCGCAGUCAACGACGCCAACAGAAGAACCAACAGAGGCGACUGUACAACAAUCUGCUACAAAAGAAGCAUCCAAUCCUUUUGCCAGCCUCCCCACUGCGUCGGGGGAUCGACAAAACUUUUUCAACACUCCCAAAGAACAAGCCCCAGCACCUCCAGCGGCAACUAUGCCCGCACUUACAGGCACCUCAGCAUCGUCAACCGCAGCAGCACCCGAGUUACCGAAGAUCCCCAAGGCACAGGUUCCCAAAGAUUGGGCCGUGCCCAGCGUCGAGCCUUCCCAGAAGGGGUCCGUCCUGUACAAGAUUGUUGUUGAUUUGAGCUCACAGCUGCGAGCCCUGAACUUGCAAUACCGAGACAGAAUGAACACUAUCGACAUGGGAGCCGACCUCUCAGCCUUGUCGCUCUGGCAUCACCAGACAUCUACAACAAUAAAGAGGAAGAUCGACGUCGCAAAGAAGCAACGUGCAUCUGCCAAUGGUGUCACUGGGUACGAGUCGGCCUUGUCCACAAAGCGCAAGGUGAACGACGGGAGCCCCGAAAGCCGGGAUCCAUCUUCGAAGAGGGCACGUGGUGGUGUCACACCUUCAUCGCCAACCCCGCAGCCUUCAGCAUCGACGCCUCGGUUGAACCCGCCGGCGACGACGACAUCGAACCUGUUUGCUCGGGCCAUCGAUAAUAAGAGCUCCACAGCAGAAUCGAGCAGUCUUGCCACACCCAAGACGCCUCAGAAGUCUGCUCCUGAACCUGCGAAGGCCGCUGCCCCCGAACCUGCAAAGGCUGUUGCCCCCGAGCCCGUCAAGGCCGCCGCUCCAGCUACAGGUUUCACUCCUUCGUUCCCUGCGACCAACGGAACAAGCGCAGCAUCCUCUUCGGGUGGUUUCAAACCAAGCGGUUUUACUCCGAGCACGUCAUCCGCCCCGGGUGGUUUUAAGCCAAGCGGCUUUACUCCCAGCUUCGGCAGCAGUUCUGCUGGUGGGGGUGGCAGCUUCCUGGGCCAGUUUGCGAAGACGGCAAAAACCUACGAAGAGCUUGCAGCGGAACGUAAGAAGAAGGAGUUUGAUGAAGACUACGACUCAGAUGACGAGACGAAGGCAGAGUGGAACGCUCGCUGGGAUGCGAAAGAGGCCAAGCGGCUUGAGGAAGAGAAGGCAAAGAUGGCAGCUGCUCCCGGGUUUAGUGUUCCCGCCGCCAAAGUUGCUAGCAAUGCGACGCCCGCUGCGAAACCGCCUGCCUCGAACCCAUUUGCAAUGCCUGCUUCAAAUCCGUUUGCUGGUCUCGCCAAGUCUACGAGCAGUGCUCCGACCGCACAACUGUUUGGUUCCAGAACCGGUAGCCCAGCCCCGUCCACGUCGAGCGGUCUGUCUGUAUUCAACGCACCUAGCGCUGUGAAGGCUCCCUCGGCCAAUAUUUUUGGUCACUUGUCAUCCGGGCCGUCUUCAAUCAAUGGCGCAGACGAGUCUGAUGAAGACGAUGAAGAGCAAGGGACAGGAAAGUCUCAGCCCGAUCAGCUGGUAGGAUCCGUCGAACCAACGACCCCACGUACAUUCGGCGAGUCUGAGACUGAGUCUGAGGAGACAGGCAAACAGCAACCGGCCGGGACAAAGAACAGUCUGCUAUCUCGGAUGAGCAAAGGUGGUGAGGUUGAGGCUGGAUCUGAGAAGGAGAACGAAAGCUCUCCUCCUCUGUUUGGCCAAGCCAAUGGUACUCAAACACCCACGAACAAGCCGUUCACUUUCUUUGAUUUUGGAGCAGCUGGCUCUAAAACCGCACCGCCUAAGUCGGAUACAUUUGCCGGUGAUCAGACUUUCAAAAUGGGCACUCCGAUCAAGUUUGGAGAUGUAGCAGCUACGGAGAAGAAGGCAGCUCCGACUUUCUCAUUCUCGUCUACUACUUCGACAACGCCGUCGAAGCCGCCGCCUGCUUCUCUUUUCAGUUUUGGUUCGGCAGGCACUGGCUCGUCUUUACUUGCGCCAAACGCCGCCCAGUCCGGGCCUAGCUCUGUCUUCUCGUCGCGCGCCGCAACACCUUUGUCCGAAGCCGAUACAAAUGCUGCCUCGGCAACUGACGACGAUGAAGAGGGCGGCAAGCAGGAGCAAGUCGACCUCUCGGAACUCACCGAAGAAGAGAAGAGUUCCAACGAUAUCGUCUUCUUCAGCGAGAGCGCAUUGGUCAAGCAGCUCGUCGACCGUGGCGAGGGCAAAGAGUGGGAGAACAUCGCCAAAGGCCGCCUCUGGAUCCUCAAGGACAAGACAACGGGCAAGAGCCUAAUCAGGCUCCGCAUCGCCAGCGGCGCUACCCGCCUCAACUACCAAAUCCUGCCCGCGCUCCGCACCAUGCUCACGGGGAGCAGCAAGAAGAUGGUCAAGGCGACUAAGCCCGGAGACGAAGGCGGCUUGACACAGGUGUGCUUCAUGCUCAAGAGUCCCGAGGUCGCGCAGGAGUUCUCAACAAAGUACGACGAGUCGAUUCCUUCGUCGUGA